CCCAAUCUGGCAGCCCUGCAGUUGAUUAACAGAGCUGUGUUGCGUACGAUAACUGUAGCGUUGUAGAAAAAAAGAAACGUGCGCACGUUGUUUGAUUUCUGGUUUUGUUUUUACUGGACAACUUAGUGAAAAUAUGGUCAGCAAAGCGCAAAAGGAGGUGCAAUGCGACCAUUGCGGCACAAGCCAAAGCCCGAAAAGCGUAUUUUCUGCUCAGAAGGUGUUCCUGGGCAGGAAAAUUACAGACGUACUGGAGACCAUCACCCACAGAAGCAUCCCAGCAUCCUUGCCCAUCAAGAUAUGCUUCGUCUGUACCUCCACAUUUAUGUCCAGUGCGGCACUAAUCGAGAAGGUCCGCGAGACUGUGGAUAGGAUGCAGGCCCAGCCCGCCAAGAAGAGCAAGGCGGCAGAAAAUGAGGAGGAAGCCGAUAAGAAGGCGGUUAAGGUGCAAAAGAAGAACACCACCAUCCGUCAGCGCAGCAAGUCCAUAGCAGCUAUCCCGGCGAGCUUUAUCAAUGGAGCUGAUACAGAAAUAAAGAUCAAUAAUGCUUCGCCAAAGAAACUCGAUAAGAGUCCCAAAAAGCAUCUAUCUCGACUUUUAGAGGACGAUCUCAACGAUUCCGUGAAGCUGACGCCCGCCAAAGAGGUGUCGUCCACUAAGAAGGUUUUCCUUAAUCUGUUUGGCAACGGCGAUAAUGAUGCCAUCGAAGUGCUGACCGAGAGCGAGGAAGAGGAGGCCGCCGAUAAAGGUCCGAUCACCAUUAACACAAACAACUUUGAGUGUGUAGAGUGCGCAUUUCACACAAAGUUUCCCAACCCCUACAAGGAGCACCUGCAGAAGGAACAUGGCCUUCAGAGACCUCGCAUAUAUUCCUGUACCUUGUGUAUUAAGACAUUCGGAGUGCUUAAGACCUUGAAAAAUCAUUUACGGGACGCUCACUCACGCACUUUUGAAACCGAGGCCGAGGCCAAGUCUAAGGCGAAGGAAAACAAGGAAAAAGAGUCAGAGGGUAAGAAAAAAAGUGCGGCAAAGGCAAAGGAACCCAAGGCUGUGAGUCAAAGCAAAAAGACGAAAGAAGGAAAGUCCAAUGGGAAGAAGACCGAGGAGAUCAAAUCUAAGAAUGAAACCAAAGUGGUUAGGGAAGUAGGCGACCAAGAAGUGAACAGUGAAAAGGGCACAGACAGUGAGGACGCAGACAAGACUCAAGCACCCAAAAUCGCCUCCUUUAAAGCCCUAAAUGAGCCUUUAAUGAAGAAAAGGAUGCUGGAGAACGUGAUCGAUUCGGAGUACACAUUUGCCAUCAAUGGCUCCAGCACCUCCACUCCCAGGGCGGAUUCGAUUAAUUUUCGGUGCGACAUCUGCGACUGCGAGCUGACGACCGCCAAGCAGAUGCAGGAGCACAUGAAGACCGCCCACGGCGUUGACAAGCCUAAGGUAUUUAAGUGCCACGUCUGCGAGAAGUGUCUGGCCACCAAACAGUCGCUAAAAACGCACAUGGCUCUACAUAGCGAAGGUGCUGAAGUGUCGAACUCCAGCAAGCGAAAGAUUCUGCAAGAAGAGGAUGAGGACGUAGACAUUCUGGGAACUGCCAAGAAUGAUAAAGGAACUAAGCAGUCAUUGCUAAGCCCUGCUACUAAAGGCGCAAAGUCCAACAACCGAAAGAUUCUGCGAGAAGAGGAUGAGGUUGUGGAAAUUCUGGACGCUUUUCAGAGUAACAACACUGCGGAGGAUGAUGAAGGACCCACAGAAGAACAGAUUAUACGACCUAAGAACGAAGUUGAUGGGAGCAUGAUUGCACCUCGGUCGCCAGCUAAGAAGGCUAAGAAGGGCACUACCAGCCAGGCAGAUCUUUCUGUGUCCUCAAUCAUUGGCAGUCCGUCUUCAAAGGCAGAAAAACGAAAGAAACAAGACAAAUCUGAGGACACGCUACCCACAUCUGAUGUAGAUGUAGUGGAGGAAAUAAACUACAACGUGAAGCCCCACAAAAAGGCUCGCCUGGAGUCCAUUGGUGACUCAACCGCCGACGAGUCCGUCCUCAGCUGCGACCAAUGCGGGAAGUUCGUCAAAACGCGUCAACGCCUGGACUCGCACAUGGAGAAAAAGCACGCCUCCCAACUUAAGUGUACUAUAUGCAAGGAAAUCUACAAGAACCAAAUGGAUUACGUGGCUCACUUCUCGGACUGCGGCUCCGAAAGUGGGCUGCCGUGCGGCGUAGCCCAUUGCAAGAAGGUCUUCACGGAGGCCAACUACCUCUGCUCUCACCUGCGUAAGCGCCACCAGUUGCACUAGACUCCGUUUUUUUUUUGUUUAUCAUUUCCUUCUUGACCAAUAUAGUUUUACGUUAGCUUAUUGCUUAGGUAAGUAUCAUUACAUGGCUUAAAAUUUUCAAUGGCUAACCUCGAAAGGAUCUAUAUAAAGUUGAUGAAAGCCGAGAAAAACUGCAAUUUUUAACAAGGUUACUUCAUACAUUUUUAACUAUUAUUAAUACGUUUUAAGUUCGAUUCGAAAAGUUACAAAACAUGAGUUUAAUUUGAAAUUUAAGACGUGGAACCACCCAUUUGUACUCACCAAGAGUAUAUAGAUUAGUUUGACCGUAAACAACUAUUUUGUACUGAACGAUGAACUGUUAAUAAAAAAUGGCAAAAAGCUA